AUGUUCGCUCCGCCAGCCAAAAAGGCGCGCCGCCAGCGCUACACGCGCGGCGCAGACGACGAUGAGAGUGCAGCUGGCCCUUCCUCGAAGCGCGCGAAGGCGGCGACGGUCGUCAUCGGCGAGGAGGAGGAGCUCGACUACGGCAACCAGACGCUGCCCGUCGGCCGGCUGCCGCCCGACUUUGACGGCAUCCCCACAGACGGCGAGACGUACCUUGCGGUCGUGCGGCAGCAGGCCAAGUCGCACCCUGCCGUGCUGACCGCUGCGACGAAUCCGUACGCGGUCGUGGAGGUGGCGCCUGUGCCGGUCGUCGCGGCGAAUGGCAGCCGGACGGCGCUUCCGCCGCAGGAGUGGAGGGAGCAGUAUGUGACACGCUUCAAGGCCAUGCGGGAAGCGCUGGCCGCACCGCCAGCAGGCCCGAUCUCCAAUCCGCGUACUGGACGUCUGCCGCGCAAAGGUCGUGCUGAUGAGUGGUACAAGUUUGUGCACGGCUGCGCGCCAGACCGGCCAAUCGAAAUCGACGGCGACGAAUGGUCUGCGCCCCAGAUGCCCGCUGCGGGACGUUCACGCGACGAUGCCGAGCCGCAAGACACCUCAGCUACCGAGCGAGAGCCGAGUGCGCCGCUGCUCAAGCGCCUGACGACAACACACAUCCUCGCGGCGCUCACUGUCCUCCCCUACUGGUUCACGCUGCCCUUUGCCGGCCCAGCACCGGCGCCCGUGUUCAACCCGCUGUACGCGCGCUGGCUGUUUGCGCUGCUUGCGAUGCUCGACGGGCGUCUCACGUCGGACGAGAUCAGCACGCUGCGCGUCCUCGCGCGCGCCUGCAUCGCCUCGCUGGCCCUCUCGCGCGCAAAGCGCAGCGCCAAGGCCCGUUUGGCAAAGCGCACGCUCACGGACGACGAGUGGCUGGUGGGCGAGGAGGGCGCAUGGUCGGUCAUUGCGGCGGUGGCUGGCGUGUGGGGACAGUGGGACAUGUGGGACGACGCCGCGAGGGAGCUGGGCGCCGUCACUCAAUAG